CAUAGGAGCAGUGGACUGAGUUAGUGACAGAGAAUCAUCCCACUGAGUGUGUUUGAGGCACCAGGAGUGAAUGAGUGGAGGAAAGAGUGGUGACCCCCAGGCUGAACCUAUGCAGACACCCUGAGGAAGAUCGCAGGAGGAAGAUCAAAUAAAAAUCCACCUUGAGAGGAGAGUUGGACUGGAUUCUAAGCUUCGCUGUUAUCUCCACUGGUCUCCUCUGGUGACACCUCCUAAAAUCAAUCACCAUGGGUGAAAUGGAGCAACUGAGAAAGGAGGCAGAAAGCCUUAAAGACCAGAUCAAUGCAGCUCGUAAGGCUGUGCAGGACACCACUCUGCAGGAGGCAGCAGCUGGGGUAUCUGUGGUGGGACGAGUCCAGAUGAAGACCAGGAAAACUCUACGGGGUCACCUCGCCAAAAUCUAUGCCAUGCACUGGGCCACCGAUUCAAAGUUGUGCGUCAGCGCCUCACAAGACGGGAAACUUAUCGUGUGGGACAGUGUCACAACCAACAAGGUGAAUGCCAUCCCCCUGAAGUCGUCGUGGGUGAUGACUUGUGCCUAUGCACCUUCAGGAAACCUCGUGGCCUGUGGGGGUCUGGACAACAUGUGCUCCAUCUACAACCUCAAGGGCAAGGAUGGGAAUGUCAAGGUGAUGCGUGAGCUGGCAGCACACACAGGUUACCUGUCCUGCUGUCGUUUCAUCAGCGACACGGAGAUCAUCACCAGCUCAGGCGACUGCACUUGCAUACUGUGGGACAUUGAGACGGGGACCCAAAAGACUGUGUAUGCUGGACACCAAGGAGACUGCAUGUCCCUGGGUGUUUCCCCAGAUUUUAACUUUUUCAUCUCAGGGGCAUGUGACUUUACAUCUAAGCUGUGGGACAUCAGGGAGGGCACGUGCAGACAGACCUUUUCAGGCCAUGAGAGUGACGUCAACGCCAUUGGGUUCUUUCCCAAUGGUAACGCAGUGAUAACAGGAUCUGAUGAUACCACCUGUAAGCUGUUUGACCUGCGAGCCGACCAGGAGCUCAUCACCUACCAGGACUCCAGCGUCAUGUGUGGGGUGACCUCCCUGGCCCCCUCUCUGUCUGGACGGCUGAUACUGGCUGGCUAUGAUGACUUCAACGUCAACAUCUGGGACGCUCUUAAAGCUGAAAGAGUGGGUGUUCUGGCUGGCCAUGACAAUAGAGUGAGCUGCAUUGGCGUAUCUGCAGAUGGGAUGGCGUGUUGCACAGGAUCCUGGGACAGCUUCCUCAAGAUAUGGAACUGAGGCUGUUCCUUGGCAGCGAUGCAGAGAAAGAGCAGUCAACACAUUUGCUUUGCGAAAAGUGAAGAUUUUAAAAUACAUUUUUAGAGGAAGGAAUGCGAAGCCACAUAGGGUGAGAAGAGGGUGUUUUAACAGUGCCAAGUCCUGUUUGUUGUCGGAGAAGGAUUGUAAUGCAAAGGUUUUCUCUUCUCACAUUAUGGGGUUAGAACAAAGAAGUGGCGAUCAAGAAAAAAAUAUUCCUAAAUAGCUAAUCUGUGGUUUAAACAGAUAAAAUAAGCACAUUUAUUGCAGCAAUUCAAAAAUCACCUAUUGAGAACAGUUGCCAAAUGAAAAUGGUAGCAGACUGGAUGAAACAGAAUUGCAUAUGGUCUGUGUAGGGACUCAGCAGCUCUACUUUUAUAUAAAAUCAUAGGUUGCAUCAUAUACAUAAUUGGCGCAUUCACAUUAAAAUUUCAAACUAUGAUUUGUUCCUUGUUUUUGUAGACUCCUUAGAUACCUAAACUUUCAUGCUUUUUAUUUUCUAGUUCAGUUUUAGUUUGCAGAUGCGUUUGUUUUGUAUGUGUUGGACGUCAGGAUUUGGGACCAUAAUCCCUCACUAACUACUGCAAUGUGCUUAAAAUUGACAGAUGGGACAAUAAAAAGCUCACUCAUGGGUCACCAAGCAUGUAAAAAAAGAUGAAGAGCAUUGUCACAAGACUCCCGUCAUUCUAAUAAUGGAACAGCUAUUGUGUGCGUAUGAGCAGUACAUUCAAAUACCUGCUUGAUUUUCCCACUGAGCAACAGAUGAAGCUAAAUCCGUUUGUGUACAUAGAGCAAAGAAAAAAAAAUCAAAUGCAUCUUUUCUUAAACUUGAUUCACACUGUACAAAGUAAAAUACUCACAUCUAAUA